GAUUUAUUGGCCCCAAACACUAUGACGACGACGAAUCAAAAUAGUAUAAAAUACGCUGGUUUAUAUACUGAUUGUACACUCAUUUUGAUUAAUAAUUAGGAUUGAAUCAUAUACUCAAUUAUAACAAAUCACUUACUAUGCAUAGUUCCUGUCAACUGAAUACAAGAAUAUCGUAUAUUAUACAGAAGAAAAUAAACCCAAAUACUACACCGAAAUGAUUCUCAUGUUGAAUUAGAAGGGAAGUAAUGUUGAACAAAACUCAUAAUGAGUAAAUCAAUCGAAAAUUGACUUUUCUUUCCAUCAUAUCAAUAUCUCUACUAUCUAAGUUAAUCACUCAUUUUAAUCUUUUGUUUUUUGUUUGUUUCAUCAUUUUAGAUUUUCAAAAUAUAAUGUUACUACAUAACAUGAUAAACUCUUCCUAAACCAUAUUCUUAAAGGAAAACAGCGACGACAACGACAACAACAACAACAAUAAUAAUAACAACAAUCAUUAUUCAUGUCUUUAAUGACAGCUGAUUUAUCAAAUCAAAUUCCAAACUGUAUUAAUAAUGUUAGGCAUUAUAUGUUUAAUUGGAAUAUUUGGUAAUACACUUGUAAUUAUUGUAUAUUCAUUAAAACAAGAUCGUUUAACAGCUACAUUAUUUAUACUUAUAUUAGCUAUAUCAGAUUUUUUAGCAUGUAUUACCUUGAUACCUGGUACAAUGAUUAUAGAAUAUGUUGAAUGGAAUAUUGAUUCAACAUUUUUAUGUAAAUUUUAUUAUUUUAUAAAUAAUACUUUUAUACCAUUCAGUAGUUUAUUAAUUAGUUGUAUAGCAUUUGAUAGAUAUUUUUGUUUAUGUCAUCCAUUUAAAAAUAUUUUAACAAGAGAACGAGCUAAACGUGUCAUUUUAAUAUUGAUUUUUAUAUGUAUUAUAUUAGGAUUUAGUUCAACAUUUACUGUUAGAGUUGAACAAAUUCAUUUUGAUACAAAUAUAAACAAUAAUAAUGAUAAUAAUAAUAAUAAUAAUCGUUAUAGCAACAAAACUAUAGAUUAUAAUUCAACUAUCAAAUUUGAUUAUUCAUUUAAUUCAUAUUAUAAAAGUGAAAAAUUUGAAUGUACAGAAAUAUUAAAAUUAAAUCAUACAAUGAUAGAAACAGUUCUAUAUCAGAUUGUACAAAAAAGUCAAACAUGCAGUUAUAUUUUAUGCAUUCUAUGCGUCGUUACACUUUAUAUAUUGAUUUAUCGUUCAGUAUCAAAAGUAUUUAAAAAACGUUUAGAAUUAAAAGGUGUAAAAAAAGAGAAUAAAAAACAUAAAAAAAUCGAAAAAAAUCAUAGAAAAAAGGAAAACUGUGAAUUUACACUUAGAAAUUUAUUUAAUUAUCAAUCGAAAAAAAUACAAAUAUCCCCAAUGAAAUUAACAUUAACAAAUCAAGAUAAUCCAUUCACUCAAUGUGAUGGAUUCAAUCGACGUAUAAAUAAUACUAUAAUAUCUGAAUCAAGUUAUACGGAAACAAUGAAACCAUUAAAUGUUUUAUCAUGUAAUACUAUUGAUAUAAAAAUAAUGAAGAAAUGAAUGAUCCAUCACAAAAACACGAUCAUCAUGAUCAUCAUCAUCAACAACAACAUCACCACCACGAAGAACAACAACAACAGCACCAUCACCACCACGAACAACAACAAAAACAACCACAAACAAUGAAAUCAAAUACAUUGGUUCCUAUAAAUUGUUGUCAUAAUACAGAAUCAGUAAUGAUUCAACCAAUUACAUUAAAUUAUGAAACCAAUUUAAUAAUAAAUGAAGAGAAAACACGUCGUUC